CCAUGUUCGCCCCCAGCUCGAGCAAGAAGACCCGUAAACUGGCCUCAAGAUACAGGUCGAUUCGCUCCCCCAGUCUGAUCUUGCAUUUGGCAUUCUUUUCGAGUCUGUUUCUCCGUUGUCAGCCACUCGGAAUCGUAUCGAAUCGCAUCCUGGGACGUCUCUUCCCUCUGGGCUUCGGUCCAUGCGAGAUAGCAUAUGCAUGCGAAAUAGGACUGUAUGCGAGCGAUAUGGCAUUUCGGCCGCGAUUUCCCCGAGAGUACCACCUUUGCACCGUACCACAGCGCGUCUUGAGAAUCUUGCUCGUAUGAUCCGCAAUGUCCUGAAAUUAUCGUAGUGGUUCCUUGCCAUCUUGAACCGGUAAAAGAAAACAGCACCUUCAACAUGCUCAUCACAGCCUAAUCACCGCCUAAUCACCAUCUAGCGUGUUUCGCGCCUAAUUUUCGACUUUACGACACGCUGCAAGUUUGAGAAGCUCACAGAGCAUAAGCAUUGAGGAACUAGGAAGACACCAUCUUGCGCAGGUACAGCCAAGCCAACUUCCAACAUCAAUCUUCCUCGUCGACCGUACUUUUAUUUUCUUCUCUCAUAUACAGUGAAUGCAAUCUUCAAUACUAUCCAUACCAUUCACCCCCAACAACACCAUCCUACUUGAACAUCAAGAACCCAUCGCAGGCACACCAAACACUUUCCCCCAACCUCUUCCCUCUUUCCCGUGUAAUCAAGGUACCACAUCAAACCCCCCUCCCCACAUUCCACAUUCCCUAACUCAUUUCACCCAACCGCAUCCAAACAUACAUAUCCACACACACACACCCUCCUCCCAGCCACCCCCCAUAUUUAAUAAUCUACUUGUUUAUUUUGCACACUCAUUCGCCCCUGAAUCACUCCUCCAUCCCCCCCCCCCCCCCCACAUUCCGAAAUCCUGAAUUGAAACGCGACGUGCAUGCAUGCACGGUGGGUACCAGCUUACCACCCUCUCUUUCCCUUCCUCACACUCUCUCUCUUUCGCUUUCCCCCACUUUCCCUUUCUUUCCCCCUUGCAGACAUUCAAGUUUUUUUGCUCUUUUCUUUCUUUUUUCCUCGAGAGAGAGAAUGCUGAGAAACACAAAGGUAAGGUAAGUAAAGGUCUAGUUAGAUUCGCUGUGCUGCGCUGCGCUGCGCU